CCUAAUUAUUUACCAGUUUUCCAGUAGUACUUAAAGAUAAUUUAUUUUGUAAGAUGAAUCGUUAACUUGUUUUUUUUUUUAAGAAAAAAAUAUACAUGAAAUAUAUGCACUUCUUUUCGGAAGAGAUUAUGACAAACCAUGACCUCGUUAGAUAGCUGAAUGGCCACUGCCAACAGUCUUCUGAAUGGUCACCUUCUUACCUGGAAAGAAUCCAGAUCCAUCUCCCGUUUCUUCGUCUCUGAUGGAGAUUGGCUGCUAGCAUGAGCGUUUCUGGAAUACACUCUGGUUUUCUCAGAAAGUAUGGUGGCUUCAUGUUCAAACAGUGGAAAGAGAGGUACAUCGUGCUGACAGCAGACGGCAACCUGCUGGUGUGUCGCGAUGUUGAUUCUCCUCCUGACCAGGUGGUGUCGCUGCACGGAGGCUGCGAGGCCAUCGUCAAGGGCGGGGAAAUCCUAGACUUGCCUCGAUUGCCCAACACCGGCCGUAGGGACUGCAGUUUUGCUUUGAUUCUACCCCAGAAAAAGUUUCUGCUGCUAUUGGCAGAGAAUCCUAGUGACUGUAGCCACUGGCUGAACAUUAUGAGGAAGGUGAGAGAGUGUCUCUCAUCCCCUCAGUACAACUGCAAACGCCAUCGGGGUUCGACCUCUUGCAUAACGGACAGAGACCCUUAUCCUGACCAUGUCAAGGACAAAGAGCACUUAAACCCAUGCAAGAAGCCCUUAGAACCUGGGCAGCGUGAUAAAGAUGUUCCUAAAUGCAAAGGAGGCAUGCGGUCUUCACAAGCCCAGAGCAUGAAGACGGCAUCUCCUCAGCGCUCGGCCAGUUGUUUGCGGCACGGCACCAGCAGCGACGUGCACGGCGUCAGGGCCGUAUACCUGCUCAUGGGAGGGGCGGCCACAUCCUCAGCGCUCGGCUACCUGGGGACCUGCUCCCCCUGCAUCCACGAUGCUAGAACCACCAACCUGCCCUCCGCGGUGGGCUUCUUUGACCUGGGUACGGGGGGCACCUUCCACAACUGCAGCCAGGCUGGCGAAUCGGCACACUAUCACAGUUUCGAUUUCGAGGGGAACUCGGACUUUGAUGGGUUUGAUUGUGGGGGAUUUGCAUUCUAGAAGAACCUACACCAAAGCAUUUAAAGCGCAUAAAUAAAUACAUAAAUGAAAAUCUCAUACUCUUUCCAAACAUUUACAGUAAAUUUUACCACAGAUUUUUCCAAAUAUUUUGAAAGGAUCAUAAUUUUUGAUAUUAAGAUGCCACAUUUUGUUGUUUGUGCUCUACUGAGCUGACAAUCAGCAUGUACCCAUCAGAACCUGUUUUUUCCACAUCUUAUGUCCUUGUAUUCUAUCGAUUUGUGUUACUCGUGAACUCCUUUAUGCUGAAGUGAAUGCACUAAUCAGUUAUUUAUGAUGUUAGUUUGUUAUUUAUAAUGGAGAUCUGGGAUAUGUAAAGUCUAAGUCCACUAGCAAUUAAGAAUGGAGACUGUCCAGGUCAUCAUCUUUGUUGGAGAACUUUUCUUCUGUGAUUUCAUGGAAUAACUCUUAAGUCACAAGUCCAGCCCCUUAUCCAGUACACCGUCUGCUAGGAAUAAGGGAAUGCUCAUUUUACGUUUUUUGAUGUUGUUCAGUAUGAUAACCAAAAGCUCACAAGAAAGACGAAACUGCAAACUUUAAACUCCAGAUCAAUUAAGUAGCUGAGUGUGUCAUGAGGGCAUAAAUGUUUUUAUGUGCAUUUUUGUGUUUCAGUUGUGUUUUCUGUCAAUGUAUACUUUGCUGUGAUAUCAUGAGAUUAUAGCUGCAUCCUAGGCACAUGCGCAAACUUAACUGUUUUUAGUCUCAUUCUUAGUACAAGCAAACAUACACUAACUAUCUUUAAGACAGGUAAGGAGCUCCAUGACACAGUGAAAGCACCUAUUGUGAAGCUGAAAAGACAGUAAAACAGCUAAAACCUGUUA